AUUUAAAACUCUGACAAUUUGGUUGUAUGUGUUUUCCUUAUACUAGGCCCUACAAUCUUCAUAAGCUUGAGCCCAAAUCCACGCCCUGUGUGUUCAUAGGUUAUUCUCAAAACCAAAAUGCCUAUCAAUGCUAGGACCUUAAAACCUCUUGUGUCUAUCUGAGUAAACAUGUUCUAUUUGCAAAAGAUAUUUUUUCCCUGACCUCUCAAGAACCUCAACAUGAUCCCAAAGAUUCGCUCCCAAUAGCAAGGCUUUUCCCGUCCCAGCCCGGGCUACUUCUCGUCUUCCUCAAGUCGCAUAUAACCCAACCUCCGGUGAAGCUGCAAGUGAAUCUGGAUGCAAAGAUUGAUGUUGUCUCUGCACCUCCUCAUGAUAGUAAAACAGCUUGGGACACAAUUCUCUCUCAAAGAUUUGGGCAAUUUGCAUUUUUUCCUCAGUGUGGAAGUGAUACCCACAAGUAGUGGUUUAUUUCUAUCUCAACACAAGUACAUCCGAGACCUUCUAUAUAAAACAAGUAUGGAGGGUGCCAAAGAUGUUACCAUACCACUAUCUACAUCAGUUCCCUUGAAACUCUGUGAUAGUACUUCUAGUAUGGACAACAACUCAUAUAGGCAGGUUAUUGGUUCUCUACAGUAUUUAUGUAUGACCCGUCUCUAUAUUAGUUAUGCAAUAAACAAAUUAUCACAUUUUAUGUACAAACUGACUGUGACUCAUUGGGCUACAGUUAAGAGAUUGUUAAGGUAUUUGAAAAAUACCAUCUUUCAUGGCCUUCAGAUCAAUUCUUCCGCUAAACUAGUGCUUUGAUCUUUCUCUGAUGCUGAUUGGGUGGGGAAUCUUGAUGACCGCAGCUCCACCUCUACAUAUGCAAUUUUCCUAGGCUGCAAUCUCAUCUGCUGGAGUUCUAAGAAGCAGCGCUUUAUUGCUUGUUCUUCCACUGAAGCCGAAUAUCGAGCCCUUGCUAGCACUACUUCUGAAACUGUGUGGCUCCUUUCUCUCUUAAUGGAACUUGGAUUUCCUCUUCAAGGGUCACCAACACUUCUUUGUUACAAUCUUUGGGAAACCAAUUAAGUCUUAACCCGGUCCAACAUACUCGGAUGAAACACAUCCAGAUUGAUCUCCACUUUCUCAGUGAUCUAGUACAACAAUGCAAACUUCAAGUUCAGCAUGCUAAUACACACAAUCAGUUGGCUGAUCUCCUUACAAAACCUCUUUCUCGUCAUCGAACUGUACUCUUACGGAACAAGCUUGGAAUCGUCGAUGGCGGCUCCAUCUUGGGAGGUGUAUUAAGGAAGAAAAUUCAGCCAAGAAUCCAGCCUAACCAGCAAGCAAUCAGAAAGCUAAAUCAGCUAGCAAACAGGAGGCCAAAAAUCAUGUAAUCAGCAAAACAUCAAGAUAAAACAGCGAGCAAUCAGGAAGCAAAAUCAUGUAAUCCGCAAGACAUCAGGACACCAACUGUUAGCUGAAAUCAUGGCUGUGACUAGGAGCAAAAUUGUAGAGUAAUCUUCUGUAUAUUCUAUACUUAGAACAUGAUGUAAUGUGUAUAUAUAUCCAUACAAUAGUGAAUGAAAAUGUGUAGCUUCUCUACAAUUUAUGUGCAGCCUGAAAUUCUCUUUAAGGCCUACUUUUCUCUUUAACAGUCAGAAAAUCAA